ACCAAUUCCAGUCAUCAGUGAAUCAAAUCCACAAAUUGAAGAGAAAGGAAAGUAGUUCAUAAAUUAGGGUUUCUUUUUUUCAUUUUAGAGAGAGAAAAUGUCAGGAAGAGGAAAAGGAGGGAAGGGUCUGGGAAAGGGAGGGGCGAAGAGGCACAGAAAGGUUCUGAGAGACAACAUUCAGGGCAUUACAAAGCCCGCCAUUCGCCGACUGGCUCGCAGAGGUGGUGUGAAGCGAAUCAGUGGCCUCAUCUACGAGGAGACCAGAGGGGUUCUCAAGAUCUUCCUCGAAAAUGUCAUUCGCGAUGCGGUGACCUACACUGAGCAUGCUCGCAGGAAGACUGUGACCGCCAUGGACGUUGUUUAUGCCCUCAAGAGACAGGGUCGUACUCUCUAUGGGUUCGGUGGUUGAUUUGUGGAAGCACUCAGUAGGUUUACCUUUUUGUUGGGUUAGGGCUUUGUUUUGUGAUUCGUUUUUAGCCCGUUUCUUAUUUUUGUUUUAGAUUGUUUUUGGUUAGGUUUUGAAUCAUUGAAUAUGGUUCUUGCUUGGUGGUUGGAUGAUAUGUAAGCUAUGGAUUGUCAAAUAUGAAUUGACUGGUAAUUGUUAAAUUAUUACUUUGGUGA